AACCCGGAAACACAUUAUAAAUCCGACCUUCCUGCAGCCAGCAGCAUGAGGAGGACCAGAGAUCCACUUCAGUUGUAACUUUGCCCUUCAUGUGGACCAAUUAUUUAAACGUAUGAGGACGAUUUCUAGAAACGGACUCUUGUUUAUGUUUUCAUGUUUGUCUGGCGCUCCAAACGUAACGUUAUACCAGAAAGUGUAUUAGCAUUAGCACACAGCUAGUGCAAUGUCAACUGCACCAGAGGCACCGACAGGAGGAGCCGAUGCCCCCGUGUCUAAACCCAGCCAGAUGUUUAAGAGCUGCUGGAGCUGUCGGCUCAUCUCUGGGGGGGGUUUGAUCCUGUCCGGAGCUUAUGUGUUCAAUGCAGCCCGGAGAGUGAUGCGGCAAGGUGCACCUACCUCUGUUGGCACAGUGGCACAGAUUACAUUUGCUGCUAGUCUGGCUGCAUGGGGAAUUGUUAUCAUCGCUGACCCGGUAGGAAAAGCGCAAAGGAAGACGUGAAGCCUGCUUAGAAAUUCAUAGCAUCAUCAAUGGCUAGCUCAAACGUGGACAAAAUUAAUGUACAAUAUAUGACACAGAAGAAGCUGAUCUUGAGUCUGUAGUAAAGCUAUGUUGCGUUUGCAUUAUUAUGACAGUAAAAAGCAUCCGAUUUGA